AUGGCGCUCUCGCUCGUCAUCGACGACACCUCGCUGGUGCUCAUCCUCGUGCUCGUCGCAGCGCUCGCAGCCUCGAUCUAUGUCUCGCGAUCCUACCAGCCCCUCAUCCACCCGCUCAUCCUCACUCGCCAGGCAGACGUCUCGCAGACGCGCCAACCCAACGAGUCGGCCAUCUAUCGCAAUGCAAACUCGCCCGCCGGAUUCGACCUCGCGCUCAGGCCGCGCAAGGAGAUCAACGACAUUGCCGACCUCAUCAAGCACGGCGCCAACGGCUCGGAACGCAACGCGCAACGCGCCAUUUAUGCUUCGGUAAAAUCGAACCAACAAGUCGCCGCGGAUGCCACUUCAUUUGCAACCGGAUUCAUCAAGCUUUCCUCGGCGCCCGUGCCGCAGACUGUGCUUGCGGUAGCCGCCGAGUCCGACUCUUACGAGAGCAUCGUCGCGCUCCUCUCCAACGCACACACUUCGGUCAGCUCGCGUUACAACACCGUCGUCCUGCCUCCCAACCAGCUUGAGUCCGCAUCCCCCGCCUCUCUCCCGCAAGCCCUCGCGAGCAAGGGCGCACGCUCCGCCAUCGGCGUCUACACAACCGCCAAGUCCAUCCGCGCCGUGCUCCAGCUCCCCUUGCUCGACUCCUCGGCGCUCAUCAUCGUCCCCGACGCUGAUCUCCAAGAAGCCACCCGUCUCGUCGCCGACCACUUCGGCGCGUCUCACCGCCUGCGCCUCUAUGCCUACGAUGCGGUGCUUGCAGCCGGCAGCCCGGGUUCCCUGCUCGGACCCGACACCUCCUCGCGCGAUGUCAUCGAGCACACCCAGUCCCACUACUGGAACGCCACCAGCUCCGACUGGCUCGACGUCAAGCACUCCCACCUCGUCGCUGGCGUCACCUCCAACCUCGCCGCGUUCCCCGCCGACAAGAUCCCCAACACCAACGACCACAUCUUUGUCGAGGCAUGCGCUGCCUUGGAUUCGCCAGCUUCCAAACUCAUGGCCACGCGUACGCCGCUUGGCUUCGCUCUCGCCCUUACAGCCCUGUACACCGGUGCUGCCCUCUCCGCCGACCUGCCCACGUCGAGCUACGACGAUCCCAACCCGGCUGCCUCGGCCGCCUUUGCUCGGGCCCAGCCUACGCUCGUCUACGCCACCGCAGAAGGCGCUUCCUCGCUCGCCUGCGCUCUGGCAAGCUGCACACGCCGCUCGCCCCUCGCCUCGUGGGCAGCCACCAACAAGCUCUUUACGCUGCGCAACGGCAGUUUUGCCCGCAACGGCUUGGCCGACACGCUGGUGUACAACAGCGCACGCAGCGCCGUCGGCUGCUCGCGCGUCCGCACUUUGAUGAUUGCAGGCCGCGGAGACACGGUGCCGCAGGCGCUGCUCGACUCGCUGCGUGCCCAUCUUGGCUGUGCCGUGCUCAACGCCUAUGUGCCCCAGCUCAACAACGCGGCCGUCACGGCUCCCGUCAGCGUCACGCAUGCGUUUGACCUGCAGGCGUUCGCCGAGCACGAGACGGCGGCCAUGCAGGUGCCUGCGCACGUCGGCCCGCCCUCGGUCGCUGCAGAAGUCAAGCUGCUCCAGACCCGCAUCGCCUCCGAUGCGGGGCUUGCCAUUGCCGGAGACAAGCCGGCCGGCCAGGCGGGCGAUCCCAUGGGCGAGGUGCACGUGCGCGGCAACGUUGUGGCACACUUUUCUCAGGCGGCAGAGGUCGACCCCGAAACAUGGUCGGCUACGGGCGACCUUGCAGCCUUCCGAUCCAACGGCACGCUCGUGGUGCUUCGCGAUGCCGACGACGCCGAGGUGGCGGGUGUGCCUACGCUCAGCUCGCGCAAGCCCGUCAGGCGACAGCGCCGCACCGCCACGGCGGGCGCCAAGACCGUGCUGACCGCUGCGCUCGUGUUGGCUGUCUCGCUCUCGCCCACCGCAUCCGCCGGCGUGCUGCACAAGCGCGGGAGCUCGGUGAACAACACCAUGAGCGACAUGGCCAGGAUGGGCAUGCUCGCCGGCCAGCGUGCGUCGUGGGAGCAAGGCGUGAGCCAAGCGGCACUGCUCGAGCUCGACUUUCCCGGCUGGUCGGUCUUUUCGUCUUCGUCCGGCGGUCCGCCCUACCGUCCUGGCCUGAACCGCGGUGCUUCGGGCCCACCGAACGAGGUGAUUGGCAUGGCGUACCACUCUGCCUCGCGCCAGGACAGUCUGGGCAGGCUGGCGUUCCGCAUCACGGGCGACGAGCAGCUCGGCACGGGUAGCUCGCUCGACGGUGCCUCGCCCGGGCCCGAGGUGCUGCUCGCCGCCUGGCUCGACGGUGAGAUCGACCGACAGACGGGUGCGAUGGGAAGCGGGUUCUAUGCCGACUCGGCGCGUGCUACGCUCGAUAUGGUGCUGCGACGCGCCCCGAGAUCGCGCGCGGGCGCCAUCAGCCAUCGCCUGCAGUACGUGGCGCUGUGGAGCGAUGCCAUGUACAUGAUGCCUCCCUACCUCGCGUUCUAUGGGCUCGUCACGCGCAACAAUACGCUGCUCCAGCUGGCGUACGAUCAGAUCCGGCUGUACCGCGAUGGCAUGCGUCUCACCUCGGGCGCAGCCACGAAUCUGUGGGGCCACAUUUAUCUUCCCGACAACCGCACCUGGACGGACGGUGGGGCGUGGGCGACGGGCAAUGGGUGGGUGCUUGCGGGUAUGGCGCGCACACUGGCUACGAUCGAGCAGAGUCAGGCAUCGCAGGCGAUGGUAUCGCAGAAGAACGACCUGGUGUCGUGGAUGAACGAGAUCCUCGAUGCGGCGUAUCCGCUGCUCGACGAGCGUGCGCUGCUCUUCCACAACUACAUGUCCGAUCGCUCUACGUUCUUCGACACGGCCGGUACAGCGUUGAUCGCCUACGCCACCUACCGACUUGCCUCGCUGGCGCCGGGGAACGACAAGUGGGUUGGACAGGCCGAUUUGAUCUACCGCUCGCUCGCCACCGCGUUGAAUCCGAUCGGCCAGUUUCGGGAUGGAUACCCCGUAGCGGACGUGCUGGCGUUUGUCAGGCAGGGCGAUACAUCCUCCGAGUCGCUGGCGUUUAUGAUGCUCAUGAACGCCGCCAAGCGCGACUAUGCCAACAAUGACGUCGUCCGCAUCACGGAUGCCCAGGGCAAGUCCAAUGCGGCACCCGUGCUUGCGCCCAAGCUAGUGGCCGCAGCCGUCGUGCCGCUGUUGGUGCUCUUGUGCACCUGGCUUUAG